GAUAUCAUGCAGAUGCAGUAUUUUCAGUCCAUCGACAAGUAUUUCUCAUAUUUUCAACAUAUUUCUCCAGGAUGGAGAAGGAGUUCCUUCCAGUUGCCCCUCGUGUGUCUUUGAGCUACCGUUUUCUGCGGACGUACUAAUAUGCAAGAUGAUACCACGAGAAGAAGUCGCUCUUUACGUGCGAGGGUAUCUUGAAGAUGAGCAAAUGCACCGUACUCUCAGCGCAUUCAAUCAGGAGUGCAAGCUUAGAUUGCCAGAGAAGCCUCUGGAAAAGAAGCUGUCGACAGUUCUUGCGGAGCACCGCGACGCAUGUGGCUCCGGAGAUGACCUGGAUAUGCCGCAGUUGUGGAAAAGAGUAGAUGUUCUCCUUGGGCAUCUCAGAUUCAUGACAAUGCCACGGCCAGCGACGAGUGCUCGCUCUCAGCACUAUCGCUCCAAGCGCGGCAACUCCAUUCUGCACGACCAGCGUCGUGGCGUUCAGCCGUUCACCGUCAUGCCGCAGCACGCCGACAAGGACGCGCAGCAGCGCUGGCAGCAGCAGGCACGCAGCCCUGCACCCGCACACUCCCUGGCGGCGGCGAGCAAUCAGCUGACGACGACGGCCUCGCCGCAAGAGCAGCAGCACGCCGAUCACUCCGACACGCCGCCGCCGUCCGUUUUGCCUCACGCGAUGGACUAUCCGCCGCUGAUGUCCGUCGGCGAAGACACCGCUCAGCUAUUGCUGUCGUCUUCUGACGGCCAGAGAGCGGAUUACGGUGCAGCCGCACCUCCUGCUGCCAGCGCUGUCUCCGCUGGACACCUUCGUUCGCCGCGGCGGAAAAGCAUGCGGCCGCGGCGAAAGCAACCGCUGACCGAGUCACCGAUCAAGGACAGGUUACGAAAGCCUACAUCUGCGGAGCACUUAGUGGAGACGAUCCUGUCGACGCCCAGCUUGCAGUUGAAGCUGGCCAAUGAAAUCAACCAUCAUCACCUCACUGGAAGUGGGUUGCUGAGCGAGGUGGAAUCGUCGUCAGCAUCACCCGGACAGCUCGACGACCAUGCGUACGGCGGGGUCGACUCUAGAGCCGGGGAUGUCGGCCUGGCGACGACUGAUACGCCGCCAACAGCAGCGGGAGCGGCGGACGUCAGUGAGGCGAGUGUUGGCGACUUGCCCGCGCCACCGACUGGCCAGCAGCUGGACGCCAGUGCCGACGACACGGUGUCGCGCGUGCUCGAGUGGAUGCACAACGAUCCGGCGUUCGGCGACCUGCCCUGGUCUGAACUCGAGCCAAGAGGUACUACUACUGCCGCUGCUGCUACAACUUCAUCAGCUAUUGGCAACAACAUUGGACAUAGCAAACCGGGUGAUGUGCAGUCGUCGCUCUUGUCUUCGGUUGCCAAUCCAAUCAAUCCGCUGCUCCUGACGCCGUCGAAGAUGAUGACGAUCGCUGACACGGUGCCGACGUUCUCCACCUUCGAGUACAGCCCGUCGGUGAUCAGCCAAGUCCUCAGCUCGAUCAGCACUGUGCCUGAUGCUGCUGCGGCUAGCGUGGAGGACCAUACUGGUCGUACUGCUGGUGCUGGUGGUGUACGGAUAGACUUAGGUCACUUGCCCUCGUCAACGCCCUGUACAUCGUCUUCUCUCUAUCCGGACCGAACUUGUAAUAUGGUCGCCACGUCCAUCUGCAACAGCAGCAGCAAGAUCACCAGUGUCACGACUGCAGCGAGCGCAGCGAGGAGCACCGCCGCCAGCUUAGGAGAACACCCCUCCAUCGACUUUGCCGCAUCCGGCGGCCAGGCAAACGGCAUUGCGCCGUCUCAGUCGACAGCAAUUUCUUCAAGUUCUCACAACUCGGUCGGCAGUGUUGAUAGGUUCUCGUCGCUUGCACCUGGUGCUGAUCGACUCGCCUCCGACUAUCCCAAUCGACGUGCCCAUGUUCGCUCGCUGGACUUCAGCAGUGCACCGCCAGCUGUGUCCCCGGCCUCGUCCUCGCCGCCGCCCCUCGUAUCCGGAGUGGUUGCCGCCGCCAACAUUGCCUCGUUUGUGCAGAGCACCGUGUUUGCCGUGCUCCCGCCUCAGGAUUCGUCCCCGGUGCGCAAUGUACUGCGGCCUGCGGCUGCGGUGGCUCUGGAUGAGAGACUGUCCAGUAGUACCACUGCUGCUGCCAGCUCAUCACGGCCGCAGCCUGCGCCGGACCUCUCUGUGAGUCAAAGCGUGGCAAUGGCAUCGAUUUCAGGCAGCUCAUCAAGCCGCUCCGACGAACCGCCAAAGAAGAAAAAGAAGAAGAAGAAAUCAAAGCAGCAGCAUGAUGAGCUGGAGGCGUUUCCGGCCAAUGUCGACGUGGACGGGUUUCUUUCUCAGCUGUCGUAUGACUGAGCAUGACGCAGUGUGUGUGUGUGUGUGUGUGUGUGUGUGUGUGUGUGUGUGCAGUGUGACCUGACCUGACCUGGUGUGGCGGCGGUGCACGCCCGUGAGCUGAUCGAUACCUCUGUGUGUGUGUGUGUGCGUGUGCGUUUAGUGUUACAUAGUGUGGCCGGUGGGGAACUUGUCCCGCCAUCUAGUAGUCGUGUCCCGAACGAACUUGAUUUCUCACACGUGUGCCGGAAUAGAUCCUUAUUGUAGACCAGACUACCCGUGGACACAGUUUCAAGCGACACCCUGCUUGUAGUGGCUGACCACAUGUACAUGUACUUGGACACUGAUUUUAUUAUCUGUGUGCACUAUCGCCAGGCAUGCACGUUGAUCCGGCAGGCUCGUUUGCACUGCUCCCCCCUCUCUCUCUCUCUCUCUCUCUCUCUCUCUCUCUCUCUCUCUCUCUCUCUCUCUCUCUCUCUCUCUCUUUCUUCCUUUCUCUCUAUCACUUUUGGAGCUGUGUUGUGGGUGAGGAGCCCAAGCAGGUCGUGACAUGUCCGUCUCUUUAUUUUUUUAUCAUCUCUCUUGGUAACUUUGAACUAGUAAUUUAGCAGCUUUACUACUGGCCUGUUCUUGCGAUCAUCGUUUUUAUCAUACCAGUAACAACAGACAUAAUUUCACCACAUGUGCAACUUUUUUUAAAAUACAUGUGGCUAAAGUGUUCAUCA